CGUGACGCGCUGCGGGGCCGGCAGGUUCUGCUGCCGCCGCUCACGGGAGGCGGCGGGGACGCAGCGCGGAGCCGCCCCACCCGGCACGGCGCGGCUUCCCCGUCGGAGCGGAGCGGAGCGGAGCGGGCCGAGAGGGACCGGCGCCGCAGCCCCGCCUCAGGGAGGCUUGGGCAGCGCCAGUCCUCGGCGGGGACGGGGCUGCCGCGAAGGAAGUCAAGAUAAGUCACACUUGAAGGGUGCUUGGACAAAUCUAGGACACGUUUUUGAGUCAAACUGCAAUUCUUGUGAAAAGCUGAGCAUUUGCUUCUUGGCUGCUGCUAAAAGAUUCUGCUUUCAGGUUAUCAGAGAUGGUGAUUUGAAGAAUCAGGUUUCCGAUAUGAACAAAGUAAAAAUAUCAUCUGAAAAAAGUGUUUCUACCAGUUCUCGGACUAUGUCUCUGCUGUCACAGCUGGAGAAGAUCAAUUUGGACUCUGUAUUAGGAGAAGCAAACAAUGCCAGAUAUGUUACCUCAAAGAUCCUUCAUCUGGUUCAGAGUCAAGAAAAAACCAGGAAGGAGAUGACUGCUAAGGGUUCCACUGGAAUAGAAGUUAUCCUUUCAACCCUAGAGAAUACCAAAGAUCAUCAAACUAUUCUAAAUAUAUUGAAUAUUCUCAUUGAGGUAGUCUCAGCUGGUGGUGGUCGGAGAGCAAGUGUCUUAGUCACUAAAGGAGGGACACAGAUCUUACUGCAGCUGCUUUUGACUGCCAGCAAAGACUCUCCACCAAAUGAAGAAUUAAUGGUGCUUCUUCAUACUCUUCUUGCAAAAAUUGGUCCAAAAGACAAAAAGAUUGGCAUGAAAGCAAGAAUUAGUGGUGUCCUGAACAUACCGUUGAAUUUAGUGAAGCAGAAUUUGCAGAACCACAGACUAAUAUUGCCAUGUCUUCAAGUGUUAAGAGUUUACUCAACCAACUCCGUAAAUGCAGUGUCCUUGGGAAAGAAUGGAGUAGUAGAACUGAUGUUUAAGAUCAUUGGCCCUUUCAGUAAAAAGAACACCAGCCUUAUGAAGGUUGCUUUAGACACACUUGCUGCAUUGCUAAAAUCAAAAACAAAUGGGAGGAGAGCAGUAGACAGAGGAUAUGUGCAGGUCCUUUUAAGGAUUUAUGUUGAUUGGCACCGUCAUGAUAGUCGACACAGAUAUAUGCUGAUACGUAAAGGAGUUCUACAGUGUAUUAAAAGUGUUACAAACAUCAAAUUGGGAAGAAAAGCAUUCAUUGAUGCCAAUGGGAUGAAGAUUCUUUACAACACUUCCCAAGAGUGCCUUGCAGUAAGGACUCUUGAUCCCCUUGUCAACACAUCCAGCCUAAUAAUGAGAAAAUGUUUUCCUAAAAAUCGUCUUCCUUUACCAACUAUUAAAAGUGCUUUCCAUUUCCAACUCCCAGUUAUUCCUGCCAGUGGUCCUGUGGCUCAGCUGUACAAUUUGCCUCCUGAUGUGGAUGAUGUAGUUGAUGAAAGUGAUGAUAACGAUGAUGCUGAAAUAGAAUCAGAAAUUGAAACCGAAAAUGAUGAUGACAAGGACCAAGAUUUUAAGAAUGAUGAUAUUGAGACUGAUAUUAAUAAACUGAGACCUAGACAGGAAUUGGGAAGACCCAUGGAAGAACUAAAAAUAUAUGAGCGAUUUUUCCCAGAACUUUCAGAAAACUUUCAGGAGUAUGACUUAAUUUCCAAGGAACCAAAGCCUUUUGUACCUGAUGCAAAUUUGGGUGGACCUAUUGUUGUUCCUACAGCAGAAGAGGAGCACUCUACUGAAACAAGAGGAGUUGCUUUGAAGGAGAGCAGUCCUUUAUUGGAGGAUUACAAUAGAAGGCCAGCCUUUCUGGAACUACCAAAGAAAGAUAAUAUUGAAGACAGUAGUUUACAUCAACAAAAUGAUCAAAGAAACCUGCUUCCUCCAUGCGAGUGUCUAAGCCAAGAAAUUGUGAAAGGCUUGGACAGAAUCAGUCUGCAGAACAGUGUAAAAAAUGAUCAGUAUUAUGGUACAGGUUGUGUAAUAAAGAAGGAAAGCAAAACUAGCUUUGCCACUCUUGCUUGUAGUAAACCUUGUGAACAUGUUUCACCCUGUGGUAGCAGCCUCUUUGAAGGAUCAUCUGUCCAACUGGGAAAACUCUGCUGUACUGGAGUCGAUUCUGAGGAGGAAGAUUCCAGAUCUAGUUCAUCAGGGGAACAAGUAAUGUUUGAGGUUUCUAAUGUAUCACCAGUUCAUGACUGUGAUCUUUAUAUUGAAAUGGUAAAAACGACAAAAUCUAUCCCUGAAUAUUCAGAAGUGGCUUAUCCAGAUUAUUUUGGCCACAUCCCACCCCCGUUUAAGGAGCCUAUCCUGGAAAGGCCAUAUGGGGUGCAGAGAACAAAAAUUGCUCAAGAUAUUGAAAGGCUGAUUCAUCAAAAUGAUAUUAUAGACAGAGUUGUGUAUGACCUUGAUAAUUUGAGUUGUUCAGUACCAGAGGAAGCAGAUGUUUUGAAGUUUAAUUCAAAAUUUGAAUCUGGAAACCUGCGCAAAGUUAUUCAGAUAAGAAAAAAUGAGUAUGAUCUAAUUCUGAACUCGGAUAUAAAUAGCAAUCAUUACCAUCAGUGGUUUUACUUUGAAGUCAGUGGAAUGAAGGCUGGCACUGGUUACCGGUUUAACAUCAUCAACUGUGAAAAGUCAAACAGUCAGUUUAACUACGGUAUGCAGCCCCUCAUGUAUUCUGUCCAAGAAGCAUUAAAUUCUCGACCAUAUUGGACUCGUGUUGGGACAGAUAUUUGUUACUAUAAGAAUCACUUUUCAAGAAGUUCAAUUGCUGCUGGAGGGCAGAAAGGAAAAUCUUAUUACACAAUUACAUUCACAGUGACUUUCCAACAUAAAGAUGAUGUCUGCUACUUUGCUUACCAUUAUCCAUAUACAUACUCAACGUUAAAGAUGCAUCUGCAGAAGCUAGAAUCUAUGCACAACCCCCAACAGAUAUAUUUUCGACAAGAUGUUCUCUGUGAGACCCUGGCUGGCAACAGUUGUCCCAUAGUCACUAUUACAGCUAUGCCAGAGUCCAAUUACUAUGAACAUAUUUGUCAGUUCAGGAAUCGUCCUUACAUUUUCCUGUCUGCUCGUGUGCAUCCUGGAGAGACUAAUGCAAGUUGGGUUAUGAAGGGAACCCUGGAAUACCUUAUGAGCAAUAAUCCAAGUGCCCAAACUUUAAGAGAAUCUUAUAUUUUCAAAAUUAUUCCUAUGCUUAAUCCAGAUGGUGUCAUCAAUGGAAACCACCGUUGCUCUUUAAGUGGAGAAGAUUUAAACAGGCAGUGGCAAAAUCCAAAUCCAGAUCUGCAUCCCACUAUUUACCAUGCUAAAGGGUUACUGCAAUAUCUGGCUGCUAUAAAACGUUUACCUUUGGUCUACUGUGAUUAUCAUGGUCACUCUCGUAAAAAGAAUGUGUUUAUGUAUGGCUGCAGCAUUAAAGAGACAAUGUGGCACACUAAUGUUAAUGCUGUCUCUUGUGACCUGAUGGAAGACCCUGGUUACAGGACACUCCCCAAGAUCCUGAGUCAAACUGCCCCAGCAUUCUGCAUGGGCAGCUGCAGCUUUGUAGUGGAGAAGUCCAAGGAAUCAACAGCACGAGUUGUUGUCUGGAGAGAGAUAGGAGUACAAAGGAGCUACACCAUGGAAAGCACUUUGUGUGGAUGUGACCAGGGCAAAUAUAAGGGAUUGCAGAUAGGGACAAGAGAACUGGAGGAAAUGGGAGCAAAGUUCUGUGUUGGCUUACUGCGUUUAAAAAGAAUGUCCUCGCCUUUGGAAUACAAUCUGCCUUCUAGUCUGUUGGAUAUUGAAAAUGAGCUGAUUGACUCAAGCUGUAAAGUGACAAGCCCUACUACAUAUGUUUUGGAUGAAGAUGAGCCUCGUUUCCUUGAAGAGGUUGAUUACAGUGCAGAGAGUAAUGAUGAUCAAGACAUUGAACUGGGUGAUAAUGCGGGUGAUUAUGAGGCAUCUAAUCAAGAAGACAUACUUUCAGACUCAGAUCCAACAAGGAUACUCCUGUCUUGAACCAUCUGUACAGCCAGUAAUGGGAAACUUAAGUAUUCUGGAUUUUCAUAGUCAAAUACUUUCUGGCUACCAAGUCUACAAAGGGGAUAUAUUUAAGGAAACACAGAUAACUGGGGCCUGCCUAGCUCAAGGACAAUAAAUAUUUCUGAUUUCUGAUAAAUUGGCAAUUUUUUUACUUAAGGAGUUCUGUGUUUUCUUGUAGCACUAAAUAGAUACAGUUAUUUACUGGCUCAUUUUCUACUAAAUGGCACUGCAUGGCAUUUUGUGUCCUUAAACCCUGUCUGCAGAAAAAUGGAUUAUAAUUUGUGGUGUGUCAGAGUGCAGAGAUUAAUUCUUUGUGGUACAGUUCUUUGAGCUGCUUCCUGAAAGAGAUAUAUGUACAGAUUUUCUAACUUAAUUUGUGUAUGUGUAUGUAUAUGCGCGUGUUUACUGAAGUGAAGAAGUUAUUUUUCAACACUAUUUCAAAGCUAUUUGACUGUGUUUGAAGUACUGGUGUGCCUGCUCUGGAGCCCUUCAAUAAUUACUAAAUUAAAAGUGAAGAAGUGAUGUAUGAAUUGUUGACAUUUGUUUCUUGCUUCUGAGAAUUGUAUGGUUUUACCAGAGUACUAGGUGAAAAUAUAUAAUUGCUCUUCACAGUUCAGGAGUUUUGCACAGUGACCAAUGCAGCCUGUGCUUAGAAGAGACAUUUUUCUUGAGUGUACAUAACUACAAGUAUUGGUUAGAUAUGUACCCUCUAUAUAUAUAUAUAGAACAUAUAUAUAUAUAUGUUCAGCUACCCAGGUGCUCAGUUCUUCCAUUUGAUAUGUACGUAGUUAAAAAUCGAGUUCGCUUUACUGGGGGCACAUAAACUACAUACCCAAUUCAAAUUAUUUAAGAUGGAAGGUGCAUUUUGGUGUAAACAUCUUUUGCCUGGUCUCAAUCCAGUGUUAACCCUGCUCUGAGAAGGACAUUGGACUAUAACUUCCUGAGGUCUCUUGCAGCCUGAGUAAUUACUUUGUGAUUCUGUAUUCUUCAUGUUUGAAGUCAAGCUGACAGUCACGGCAUUUACACUUCUUCGUUUCCUCCUGUCAUCUGCUAAUUCUUAGUGCCUUGUGCCUCUGUGUAGAAUGAGAUCUAAUAGAGAAAUGAAGUUAUACCCCGUUGUUUACAGAACUGCCAUGUUUUGCAAGGAAAAUAUUUUUGCUAAAUUAUUUUUACUUUGUAUGACCCAAUUGUGGCAUUCAUUUUCUGCUGCAUGUGCAGGGGCUUUCAGAGCAUGAAGAAUAACACUUCGUAGUUACAGCAGGUUUUUAACUGGUGAGAACUUUGUGUACAUCUUUUGUUGAAAAUAAAACUGUGUUUUGGAAGGUUAGCGAGCCUUUUGUAGAAGGAUAAAAGAAUAGUUGAAGAGAAUCAACUGUAUCUAUGAUUCUUUGGCAGAAGAUUAAUUUGCAUCAGGAUCUGCUGUUUCAAAUGCAGCCUUGUUUGAUGAUGCCUGUUCAUACCAUCCUGCUUCUAAAACUGAGGAAGGAUUUUUGAUUCCUUGUGAUAUACUACUGUAUUUUUGUUUCAAGGCUUAAAUUUAAAUUUAAUAUUCACACAGUUUUGAAAUGUAUGGGUAUGAUGGAAACAUUUACAUUCUUUUCCUCUUAUAAAUUUAUCUCUCUAGUGAAAUGCAUUAAUCCUUGUGUGCUGUGAACUGCAUACUGUAAAUAAGAAAGUUUAUUUAAUACCUUGUUGAAGAGGAGCUCUCUGCAUUGAAACUGUUGAAUUUGGGAAUCUGCCAAAUGAAAGGAUUCAUCUUGCCACAGAAUUUGAACUAUUUUUAAUCAGGCCAGUGAGAGCAGUGCAGAAUGGUCAGUUUUAUACUAGUUAUCUGCAUAAAUAGAUUUUCGUUUGUAAGGAGCCAUACUUCAGUACCUUACAUAAGUAAUUUUGACUGAAAUUUCAGGAGGUACAGGAUGCCACGUUAGUUAACCCCACUGUGCAUUUCUCUGUAGUUUUCAUGUGAAUCUAUAUCACUAUUUUAAUACUAUAAGCAAGACUAGAAAUGCAUUUCAUCCAUUUAGAAAGAAUUGUGUCUUAGUAGUACAAAUAAUCUUUUCAUACUGAGUAAAUAGGCAUAUACGUUCUUUUCAUGUCUAGAGUCUGUGCAAAGAAGGAGUUAUGAGCUACUUACGUAAAUGGCUCAGGAUAACAAGCACUUUCCUAAAACAAUAAUGUUGUCUUUAUACCUUAGAUUCCAAUGCAUUUAUUCAUUAGACAGAUGCGUUUGGUUGGAUGCAGUAUCAGUCUAGCAGUCGUGGGUCUUAACAUCUGCCAGCGCAGUUCUCUGCCACAUGCAAGAGGGAAACUUCAUUCUUACCUUACGAAUUGUUGAAAAUGCAGAGGCCGUUGCCUUUUGCAAGUUUUGUUGCACUUAAGAGGCCUUCUGAAAAAGCGGAGUCUCCAUCCAUGCUCACAGGGAUCCCAGCUGACGGGAAGAACUGCUGCAAUGGUAGCUGCUUCAUGCUGUCUUAUUUCUUCUCUACUCCAUGUUGCCUUUGUUAAAAUGGUGCUGGCAAACACGUGCUGGUAUCCCCUUUUAUCCCUUUUGGUGUCAAGUCUGGUAUUUAGCUGAAAGUGCACUAGCUGAGACUUGAACAGAUGCUCCAUUUUGUUAUUAGGGCAUUUUCCCCCGCCAAAUGGGCAGAAUGGAUAGCAAAGAAUGGCAGCUUCUUGAAUGGUCAUAUGUCAGUUCUCUAGCAUGGCCUGUCCCAGACAAUUGACUGUCUUUAUUUUAUGCAUUAGCUUUCCAAUGUGUUUCGAUUUUAAAAAAUGCUCUUUCUUAUAAGCAUGACUGAUUCCAUGUAGGAAAAGAAGAUACUUCUUUUUCCGAUAAUAGUGACAAAUAAGGUUAAAAACAAUAAUUACAUCUGUGUUAUUUAAUGUCUUGCUUCUGGAUAAUUGCUGGAUGAUGAAUUACUUUGUUCCCUUUCCAGGUAAAAUAUACGUCACAGCACAAACUCUGGUAUUGUGUUUUCACUGGUGACAUCCCCUGGUGUAAUGUAACUUUGAAGUAAGAGUGUGGCACAGUCUUGCCUGGUCAAUUUUGGAUGUAGAUUGCUUUAUCAGCCUGACUAAUCAGGGAGAACUGAUUUGAAUCUCUAAUAGAGUGCAAUAGCAGGAAACACAAAUAGAAAAAUUCAAGGUUUCAGAUAGUUUCUGUUGUAAAGCUGUGAUAGAUACAAUUGUUGCAGUGUUACUAUGCAUGCCCCAAAUAACAAUACUUAUUAAUAAAAAUAAAUAAAGAAUUCAUUACAA